GUCUUUUAUGAGUCUCACAAACCUCCAGUAUCUCUUACGAUUUUAGUUGAAUCUAAUGCAGAAGAAAUAUGUUUGAAUAAAUUAGAUAUAGAAGUAAUAUAUUUGGAUGAAUUGAAUAUAGAAGAUAAAUCUGAUAUAGAGGAUGAAUCUGAUAUAGAGGAUAAAUCUGAUAUAGAGAAUGAAUCUGAUGCCCAAUAA